UCUAUUUCUCAUUUAAACCAUUGUUCAAUAAGAAAAUUUGUUAAGCAUAUAAGCACGCGUGCAUUAUACAAAAGUCCCUUGCUUUGAUAUUACUUUUCUGUAAAACUGAUGACCUUAGGUAAUUCGAAUAUUUAAGGGGAUCUUCUUUAAUAAUUGUGGAAAUUCCAAAGAUUGUCCGGCUCACACGCUUUGGAUUCACAGUUCUAAGAACUAGCACAAAAAAAAACAUGUAUAUCAAUUAAUUUUUUAAUCGUUCCUUAAGCUUUGUUAAUGCUAAUGACAUUGCGUUCGAGACAGCACAACACACGAAACACGUCAGAUGUGAGUUGUCCCACGUUGCAGUCAGGCACAUUAGCAUUUAUGACAAGUGUGAAGGUAUUUUUAGAGUUAGCACAUUUCGAAAAACGAGUCUAUUACAUUUUUCAAGAGGUGUGUGCCACCAACCUUUGGACCCCCGACUCUAGCCUAUCAAUGUCCAAAGCUAAUCAAAAAUGAAUUACAAUAUAACAAAAUAAUAAAAUAUGCGUCACAUUUAUAUCAAUCGAAUAUAGGCUAUAUGAUAAUUAUAUGUUUUUUACUUAAAAUAUAGUAUAUUACACACUUGAAGUGUGUAAAUAAUAUAUUUGUUAUUUUUAAUUUCACUGUUCACUUGCAAUCGUCCACGCUAUAAAACAGAUCUCUACAGUAGCCCUCGACUACCUAAAUAUCAAUUAUAUUAAUAUCUAAAAUGUUUUCGGGUUUGUCCGCUGAUUGCGCCCGUAUGGGGUUUGUUUUUCAAUGGGAUCCAGCGAGGUAAGAGGUAAGAAAGAGAGAGCGGGCGGCAAAAACCAAAGCAAGACAUUCAAUUACACAGAUUGCGGGUGACAUAGUGGCGGGGCCUAGAUAAGAUUCGUGAAUACAGGGUGCCCUUUAGGCCAUUUAAUAGGGCGCCGAGUGAUUUCGACACUCAAAUCGCUGGUGCAUCCUGUAUAGUUUAUCAAUUUUAAAGAGGUUGCCAAUGCUCGACUAGAACUGUUUGUCCAAAUCAUAUAUAAUCAGUUAAACGCCAGAUUUUGAGCACGCCAGUUAGCAGGAGAAUCAAGUUGUUGAGCAGUCACAAUUUCGAUUACACAAUUUCAAGUAGCCACGAAAUUUGCGCAUUCCACAAAUCACACAGUGCGAGAGUGAGAGAGGGAGAAAUGUUGAUGCUGCAACGUAUCCAUCAGUUACUUUUAUACGCCUUCUGUCUGCUGGCCCUCGUUGUGUUCUGUGCUCCGGCACCGAGUGAAUCACGACGCGUGAUCUUCAUGGCACCCCCGGGCAUUCAUCGUGGACAAAUACUGGCCACACAUGGCCUGGAGAAGCCCUGCCAGAAAUGCCAUAUGCGAGAUCAUCGUGGCAAUUGUCGGCGCAUCAUUUCAUAUAGUUCCGAUGGCGCAAAGUGUUGACAUGAAGGUCGGAGACUAUCAACCCGAAUCUCUAUCAGAAACCUACCACAACAAAAGCGCAUCAUUAAUCGACUAUUUAUUCGCUUUCGAUAAAUUAUUUAUUACAUUUUAGUUUCACACCAAUUUUUAUGUGUCUCGUAAUUAAAUUAUGACAUUCAUUGCAAGCAUUUUAAAUUGCUUUGCUUUCUAAAUUUGCUUCGUUUUUUUUUUAACGGUCUCCAGAAAUUACCACAAAAGUGUAUUUAUUAUCUUGCCAAGUUAAGAUUGUGAAAGUGAUUGUGCCUGACAAUUAGAAGUGCUCAUAUAUCCGGCUCAAUACCAAAUUGAGUUAACAGACAUACUGAUUUAUCUCUGUUAAAUAUUUCGUUAUAACUUGUGCGAUUCGAUUGCCGUGACACUCGGCAGAAAUAGGUAUUAAACGCAUUAAACGUGUGAAAGUGCCAGAAAUUCAAAUAUAAAAGAAUAUAAAUUACUUAAUAACUUAAUGCUAUUAAAAAUAUAAACAAGACACAAGAUUCGGACAUUCAAGAGACACUACUUAUUUAAUAGUUUAUGGUCAAUUUUUUUUAUUAAUUUAUUAUUUGUGUUAUGAAUAAUUUAAAUGAACUUUUAGCUCAGUCAUGGACUAGAGCAAAAUUCAGAAUCAUGUGCUAUUUUAAUGAAUCAUUUGUUAUAUACUUGA